AUGAUCGGUGGUUUCCUAGGAAUGAACGCCGGAUGGAGGUGGGUACAGGGCCUGCUUGCUGCAUCGUUGGGCCUGGCCUGGAUUGUGAUGGCUUUAUCAGUACCCGAGACUUAUGCUCCGGUGCUACUUCGCAAACGUGCAAAAGCACUAUCCACCAUUACUGGAGAUUGCUACCGAAGCACGCUGGAUAUAACUAGGGGAAACAUAUCAGUCCGCAGUCGCUUUCAGGCGGUAGUCCUCCGCCCCUGGACGCUGCUCCUCCGCGAGCCUAUAGUCCUACUUCUUGCCUUCUACGCUGCUGUGAUAUACGGCACAUUAUACAUGUUGUUCGCAGCCUUUCCUAUCGUUUACGAAGAGCAGCGCGGAUGGAAUCCCGGAGUAGGCGGGCUCCCGUUUCUCGGUGUUAUGGUGGGGACCCUUCUCGGCGCCCUUUAUACUCUGUAUGAUAAUAAACGGUUUGUUAAGGUUGAGCAGCAAUGCAAUGGCCGUGCUCCACCUGAGGCGCGGCUCCCACCAUGCAUGGUCUCCGCCGUCUCAAUUCCCAUCGGGCUGUUCUGGUUUGCAUGGACAAAUUAUCCGUCUAUUCACUGGAUGGCCAGCGUCGCAUCAUUAGUACCAUUCGGAUUUGGCUUGAUUCUGGUAUAUCUAGGAAUUGUGAACUAUCUCAUCGAUUCCUACACAUCUUUUGCAGCCUCGGCUCUAGCCGGCAUGUCAAUAUUGCGGUAUCUAUUCGGUGCCGUCUUCCCACUCUUUACGACAUACAUGUAUGAAGGGUUGGGCAUACACUGGGCCUCUUCAAUCCCCGCAUUCAUCUCCGUCCUAUGCAUGCCACUCCCAUUCUUAUUUUACAAGUACGGUCCUACAAUCAGGGAACAUUGCAAGUAUGCAGCAAUCUCUCAGCAACAAUUACGACAGCUUCAGGCUGUUGUAGGGGACACACAGCCAGGUCCUCCGGUGCGGGAAGCUGUAUGA